AUGAUUAACACAAGCGCUUUCUUCGAUGCCAGUAACUGGCUUGUUCUUGUCACAGCGUUCUCUUUCUACUUGACGAGCACUCCGCCAAACCGUCCUCUCGCCGAGAGCGGGCAGAUCAUCAAAUCGACAUACGAAAAGACCUUCCUGCUACGACUCUUAGCGCACAAGAUGUUCGUUUGUUCCGUCUGCGUGAUGCACAUCGUGAGCUCCUUUGCUGGAGAAGACCUCGGCAUCUGCACAGCACGCCCUUCCGACCGAUCGUCUACAGGGAUCGUGACGCCCUCUACCAUGAUGAUCACCGCCACCUGUGUCGGCUUGGCCAUGAACGCGAUACGCUUGUGGUGCUUUGCGACGCUAGGAGACCAUUUCGAUUUCCAAGUGAACGUCAAGAAGACGCACAGGCUCAUCACCAGCGGGCCUUACUCCUUCGUACGACACCCUUCUUACACAUCUGGAAUCGGGGUCUGGAUUGCUGUAUCCUUGGUCAUGUUCUCAGAGGAUCAUUGGUUUUCCCAAUGUGUCCUGCAGAACAUGGCUGGCAGAGUGCUCGGUUGGGUGUGGCUCGUGGAAUUGGCCAUGUUGAUGCACUUCGUCUUCGUUGUGCGACCCAAAGCAGAGGACCAGGGGUUGAAGGGGCACUUCGGCAAGGAAUGGGACGAGUGGGCAACUAGAGUCCCUUACCGAAUCUUCCCAUACAUUUACUAG